CCCCCCUCACCCUCUGAAGGAAAUGAUAGAGAAAGAGAUGGACAAUACCUUGGAGGACACAGAUGCCAACUGGACAGACUACUAUGAGAAGCUCACAGAUGAAUCAUUGCUGUCCCUUGACACAUACCUAUCUCAGUUUCCUGAUAUCAAGGCUCGCCUGGCGAAGCGCGAGAGAAAGAUGGUGGACUUCGACAGCGCCCGGCACCACUUCGCCUCCAUACAGAAGGGAAAGAAGAAGGACGAGGCCAAGAUCGCCAAGCCCGCCGCCCUGCUGGAGAUGGCGGCCCCCCUCUGGGCCCAGGGCCUCCUGUCGGCCCACCAGGUGGCCCAGACCCACCUCUCGAAGAACCAGGCUGAAGAGGAGCUGGGCCGCGCCCAGAAGGUGUUUGAGGAGCUCAACGUGGAGCUGCAGGAUGAGCUCCCCGUUCUGUGGGACAGUCGUGUUGGCGUGUACGUUAACACAUUCCAGAAUCUUGCCAGCAAUCAGGAGAAGUUCCACAGAGAUAUGGGCAAGCUCAGUCAGAACCUGAAUGAUGUUAUGACCAAGCUGGACGAGCAGAGACUUGACAAAAAGAAUGGUAGUGCCUCGGUGAAGCCAGAAGAGGCCAGCAGCAGUGAGGGGGCAAACCACAGCGCGGCUGGCGAUUCACAGCCAGCGAAGCGACUCUGUCCUCCUCCGAGCCGACCCCCAGCCAGAAUGUCCCUCACCCCGAGCCCGGGGCCCGAAGACGACGAGUCCCCUGAGACCGCCCCCACCUCCACCACCUCCGUCACCUCCACCUCCCCUAUGAGCACGCCGCAGGCGCCAUCUUGGGACUCUUGGGAGCAAGAGCAGCCCUCUAUGGCCCCGCCGGAGCCCCACACCCCAGUUGCUGACCCCGCCCCCCAGGGGAGCCAUGGCGACUGGGGAACGGCGGGUGGUGGUGACGGAGGAGGUGAUGGAGGCGGUGUUGCCCCCGACGACGGCGCAGACUACACAGAGUCGUUGGAGGGUCCGCGCGACGAAGACUCCUCAGAUGAACGGCGCUCGCUCGACCAGCGCUCGCUCGACCAACGCUCACUCGACCAGAGCUCGCUCGACCAGCCUGGACACGAGGAAGACUGGGGGGCCCAGGAGGAUUGUGGGGGAGAAGGAGGAGACCAGAACGCGGUAACCAACGGCGACGGGGAUCUCCCUGAGGGCUUCCUCUACAAGGUGAAGGUGUUGCAUGACUACGCUGCAACCGACGGGGAUGAGUUGGAGCUGAAGACCGGGGACAUGGUCCUGGUGAUGGCCUUCGACAGCCCCGACGAACAGGACGAUGGAUGGCUGGUGGGGGUGAAGGAGUCCCACUGGCUGCAGCACAAAGACAUCUCCAUCAAGGGGGUUUUCCCUGAAAACUUUACCCAGAAGGUUUGAGGGUCAAGUCUCUGGCUCCAAACCCAGACAGAUCCAAGCCCAACUCCGCACCACCUCACACACCUUAGACACGGGACGCAAACCGCUGAACUGCAGCAAAAGAGCGGUUCUGUGUUGGGUAAUGGGGAUUAUCGAUGCACAACGAAUGUUGGCAUUUUAAUAAUAAUAAUAAUAAUACGUUUAUUUGAUAUUGCGCCUUUCUCACACUCAAGGUCGCUUUACAGAUUCAUGAGCAAACACGAACAAGACAGAGCAACAAGAAGUUCAACAACACAAAUAAAAAUAUAAAUAAAUCAUAGAUACAGAGGGUCUAUCCAUCGGAUUGGGGGUAGGGUUGUGUUAUCGAUCAAUUGACCGAUUGAUUGAUUAUGUGGGCUGGGGGGAAACUGCUUGUUGAAAUGAACACAUGAAUGUACACUCCAGGUAACCAUCUUUAAAUGUUACUUAUUGAACUACUUAUUGAACAUGAAACAUAAAACCCAAAUGUAACUCAAUUGCCCAUUUUUCUUUUGAUUAUUUCCGAUGGUAUUUGCAUAUUUUUUAGGGUUCAAUUAGAAAAGUGUGUUGGUCGUACCUUCACAAAUGUUUGGAAUUCUUCGUGAAUGUCCUGUUUUUAUCAAAUAUCCUGUGGAUUUGAAAGGGUUUCAACUGCAUGAAUUAUUUGUUUUUAAAUAUUUGUGAUUAACGCAGCGAUAAUGACAAUCUACUACUUAAAAAUAAACUACGACGUAAACCAAAUGUUUUUUAUUGGUGUUGGAAUUUAAAAAAAUCAAAGUGCUUCAUCUGUGAAUCUUAACAUGAUAAGCAUUCAUUUGAAUUUGUUUAAUGUCAUGUUUGAACAUGUACCUGUCCAUCAUCUAUAGAAGAACCAAUCUUUUACCGGCACAGUGGAACUGGUUCUAACUGGUGUUGCUAAUUCACAAAAUCACAUACACACAUAGAGUGAUAAUUACAAAGCCCCAUUAUUUCAUCCAAUUCAAUUAAAUCAAGCCUUUUAUUGUUCUCUAAAAAUAUGCCAAUGGUUUGAAAUAAAAUGUUUAAA